AUGGAGUUCAAAUUCUCCACGGUGGUAGAGCCUAGCACCUAUGAAGCCCAAGGGCUGUGCGAUGGCCUCACCGUGAGAUAUCAUAAGAACACCGAGCUCGAGGAAAUCGAUUGUCUGAGAUGCCAAGAGCACUGGCGCGAACAAGUCGGACCGCUGGGGCUCUACAAGGGUGGAUUGGGACACCCAUGGAGCGGGAUGAGCAUUGCUAUUCCUGAAGCCCUUCCAGAAAGACUCGGAAUUGUCUCGUACGCGAAUGAGCUUGCGUUUCUACACGAUGAUGUCACCGAUAUUGCUAAAUACGGCGACGAACAUAACAACGAUCUCAAAGCGGCAUUCGAUCAAGUGAUCAGCACCGGAACUAUAAAGCAUGCCGGUUCCGGAAAGCGCGCGCUGCAGGCGUACGUUGCAAACAGGAUGCUGAGCAUCGAUAAAGACCGCGCAAUUACGUCCCUCAAAGCUUGGUCGACCUUCCUUGACAAAGCAGGACGACAGGAGGAUUACCGGUUCAAGUCCGAAGACGAGUACCUGAAAUACCGGGUUCACGAUGUCGGGAUGCUUUUCUGGUAUGGCCUGCUCACUUUUGCGCAAGCGAUCACCAUCCCGGAGAAUGAACUGGACACAUGCCAUCAGCUUGCCACAACUGCAUACCUCCACAUGGCGUUGGUGAACGAUCUGGUCUCCUGGGACAAGGAACGCCAGAGCGCCGCCGCCUUAGGGAAAGAUUAUGUGACCAAUUUCAUCUUCGUUGCCAUGGAAGAACAUGGGAUCUCCGAAUAUCAGGCCCAGGAACGAUGUCGUCAGGAAAUUCAAAAGGCGACCGUCAACUACCUGAGAGUCUUCGAGGAGAUCAAAGCUCGCGACAACCUCUCCUCUGAUACCAAACGGUAUCUUGAAUCGGUCUUGUACAGCAUGAGUGGAAACGUGGUUUGGAGCUUCUACAGCCCGAGAUAUUACACUGACGCAUCGUUCAGCGAGCGCCAGCUCGAGUGGAUGAAGAAUGGCAUUCCCAAGGCACACAAGCCUGAGGGUGGUGCGUCCGGUCUAGAUCAGAGUGAGUUGAACUUCGAUCGCACAGUUAAUGCAGAUCACGCGAUGAACACAAAUGGCACCGGAAGCCAUGACACUCUCAAUGGAAAUGGCACUGCCAACAGCCGGCACGCUUCAGUCCCGGGACGAAAUACCAAUGGUAUUAACAACGGUGACACAAGCCUUUUGAGCGCUGUUAUCACGCAGCACCUUUCGGGCCGUGAUGGCUUCAGACUUGGGGAUCAUGACAUGAAAGUGGAAUCAUUCGAACAUGAAGGCCAUGACAUAAAGGAGGUAGAAACACCGCUCAAAGGGCAAUGUCUUGAGGCGAAGGUUCUACAGGCCCCAUACGAAUAUAUCACGGCUCUUCCAUCCAAAGGAAUUCGUGAGCAUGCAAUCGAUGCCUUGAAUGUCUGGUUUCGUGUACCUGCUGAGAAACUAGCCAUAAUCAAAUCUAUCAUUACAAUUCUUCACAAUGCAUCUUUGAUGCUCGAUGACUUAGAAGAUGGAUCGGAGCUUCGAAGGGGCAAGGCAUCAACCCAUAUGAUCUUCGGGCUGGGUCAGACAGUGAAUUCAGCCAAUUAUCAGCUCAUCUGCGCAUUGCAAGAGGUCCAGAAACUGGAAGACCCAAAAAGCUUGCUCGUAUUUACCGAGGAAUUGCACUACCUCUACGUGGGCCAGUCCAUGGACCUAUAUUGGACCAGUAAUCUUAUCUGUCCUUCUAUCAAUGAAUACUUUCGGAUGGUUGAGCACAAAACCGGCGGUCUCGUCAGGCUCUUUGGUCGCCUCAUGGCACUUCACUCCACGAAUCCCGUCAAUGUCGAUAUGAUUGACUUCUCCAAUCGCCUCGGACGGUAUUUUCAGACCCGUGACGACUACCAGAACUUGGUCUCUGCUGAGUACACAAAGCAAAAGGGCUUUUGCGAAGACCUCGAAGAGGGCAAGUUCUCCCUUCCACUGAUUCAUCUCCUGAAAACCAUGCCAGAUAACUAUGUCUUACGGAAUGUCUGGAUGCAGCGGCGCGUCCGCGGCACCGCUACGCGCGCCCAGAAAGAGACAAUUCUGGACUUGAUGAAACAGAACGGAAGCCUGCAGUUUACUGAGGACACGCUGGAGGUCUUGUACGGUCACAUGGAGAAGGGUAUCGGUGAACUGGAGCGCAAGUUUGGCGUUGAGAACUUCCAGUUAAGGUUGAUUCUAGAGAUGUUGCGCAACGGGUAG